CGAUUCCUCGAUCAGCAGACGUGCGGUGGCGCGACGAGGAACCAAACAAGAAAUAUGUGUAAAGUCUCGGUAAAUCGGGGAUAAUCACUCGUGGUUUACCCGUUUUUUGGUAAACUGUGAGGUCAGCCAAAAGGAAAUUGAAAUAGGAAAAGAAAGGUGUGCGUGUAGAGAAGAAAAAAAAAAAAUUAUGCAAGUGUGAAAUGUGUCUAAACGGGAUGCAAGGUCGUGAGGUGCGUGAAAAGUGGCGAAAACUGUGAGAGUAAAGGUGGACGGACGCGGCGCACCAGGUCGACCAGUCGAAAAACCAGGCGGCACACAAGAUGGCUGGGUGUCACUGAGAACCAGACGGCGUGCAAAACGGAUGAAUUCGCGGCUCGACUGGAAGCUGCAAAAGUCCGAAACAAGAUCAUGAUUGUGUCACAACACCAUAAUCGAACGUGAAGAACCAAGAGAUCCUGUCCGAGGAGCGAGAGAAGACAAGAUCAGAGCAGAGAAACAGUUUUAGGCUCGCCCCACACAGUCUAAAAGACAAGGACGGAUAAAAGUUGAAAAAGGAUAGAUAUAGUGACGGAAACUGACCGGACCUUUGACCGGCCUACAAACCGCGGGAAUGUGUGACAUGUUCAUCCAAACUCAACAGACGAGCAGCGUCAACAGCAGCAGCGGCAGCAACAUUGCUCACCAUCACAGCAAAAAGCGCAAGUUGGAUUACAACGUGAGCCAACCAGUCAUCCAACACGCAUUGGUCCAAUCGACCAGCGAUUACCAAUUGGACAAUCCUGGUUUGCAACGGUAUUCCGUAAGCGGUACCAACACUGCUUUUAAUUCGCUGCACAAUAAUGCGCUGCAAAAGAGCAGUCCCAUCCAACAAUCCUUGGUGCGCACUUCGACGAUCAAACUUCUAGAUUCGUACCAACGUUGCGGUCAGAAGAGGAAAUCUUGGUCGAGGGAGGGUAAUGGUGAAGACUUGGCGGUUCAUACCGCCAAUACAAACAACACGACAGGUAACACUGUAGUCUCUCAGCAUCACACUCAGCAACAACAGCAGCAGCAACAACAACAGCAACAACAACAACAGCUGCAGCAACAACAACAGCACAAACAGCCAAGCACAAUGACGUCACAUAAUAAACAAGUGACAAAUACGACAAAUGGUGGUGGUGGUGGCAGCAAUCCACAAGGUGAUGGAGAUUAUCAGCUGGUGCAGCACGAGGUUCUUUUCUCUAUGACCAACCAGUACGAAGUCCUCGAAUUUCUUGGUAGAGGCACGUUUGGCCAAGUCGUGAAAUGUUGGAAGAAAGGAACGAAUGAGAUAGUUGCAAUCAAAAUUCUAAAAAAUCAUCCUUCCUAUGCGCGCCAAGGUCAAAUUGAGGUCUCCAUCCUGUCACGACUGAGUCAGGAAAAUGCGGAUGAGUUCAACUUUGUGCGUGCCUAUGAAUGUUUUCAGCACAAGUCGCACACUUGUUUGGUAUUUGAAAUGUUAGAGCAGAACCUCUAUGAUUUUCUCAAGCAGAACAAAUUUUCCCCUUUACCAUUAAAGUACAUCAGGCCAAUCCUUCAACAAGUUCUUACUGCAUUGCUCAAGCUCAAGCAAUUGGGUUUAAUACACGCGGACCUCAAACCGGAAAACAUCAUGUUAGUUGAUCCAGUACGACAGCCUUAUCGUGUGAAAGUAAUUGAUUUUGGCUCGGCAUCUCACGUAUCAAAAGCCAUUUGUAAUACUUACCUGCAAUCGCGAUACUACCGCGCGCCCGAAAUCAUUCUUGGACUUCCAUUUUGUGAAGCGAUAGAUAUGUGGUCGCUCGGUUGUGUCGUGGCAGAAUUAUUUUUGGGCUGGCCUUUAUAUCCAGGUAGUUCGGAGUACGAUCAAAUUCGCUACAUCAGUCAAACGCAAGGCCUACCAACUGAGCAUAUGCUCACAAACGCUAGUAAAACAAUUAAAUUCUUCUACAGGGACCAGGAAAGUACGUAUCCAUUCUGGCGAUUAAAAACACCAGAGGAACAUGAAGCGGAAACGGGUAUCAAGUCAAAGGAAGCGAGAAAGUACAUCUUUAAUUGUCUGGACGAUAUUGGUCAGGUAAAUGUGCCGACCGAUUUGGAGGGCGGUGAACUUCUUGCAGAGAAGGCUGAUAGGAGAGAGUUCAUUGAUCUUUUGAAGAGGAUGCUCACUAUGGACCAGGUAGAGCGUCGAAUAACACCUGGAGAGGCAUUGAAUCAUGCAUUUGUGACAUUGGCACACUUGAUGGAUUAUGCGCAUUGUAACAAUGUAAAGGCCUCUGUACAAAUGAUGGAGGUGUGCAGGCGAGCCGGUGAUUUCACCGCGAGUCCAGCGCAUCAUCAAGCACCACCUGCACCUCAACCAGCACCACCGACUUCUUUGGUCGCUAAUUUUGUACCAACGACAAAUGGCAGCGCCGUUACAUUAACUUUUAAUAAUCAAUUGAGCAAUCAAGUGCAGAGACUAGUUCGGGAACAUCGCACUGCGCAAAAUGGAUACGAUAAUUUGUAUCAAAUAUACAGCAACAGUAGCCGUCGAGCAACACAGUACAGUGGUUCGUCGAGUGGAUCGAAUGGCGGCAGGAGUGGAGUUCACGAUUUCCCCCAUCAACUCGUGUCGGGAAUUCUUUGUCCACCUCCUGGUUACCAAACGAUGCCUAGUCCAGCUAAACACGUUGUUGUUGCACAGCCGCCGCAAGCACAACAGGCGCCGUUACAGAUUCAGCCUUCAAUUAUAUCUCAGCAAGCAGUCGCUGCUGCUGCAGCUGCUGCUCAACAACAAUAUGCUGCAGUUCCUGUUUCAAUGGUUGAAACCGGUCGUCAAAUGUUAUUAACCAAUGCUGUGCAGACAUCUUGGCCUGGUGGCAGUAGACAAAUGGCAGCAAUUGUGCCGUCCUGGCAACAAUUGCCACCACAACAUGCAACCAUUCAACAACCUCUUCUCAGUGAUGCUGGUGACUGGGGACGACCUCUCAUUGUUGAUAGUUCCGCUAUUUUACAGGAUCAGAGGCCAGUGUUCCCCGUAACGGAAGUCUAUAACGCUAGUACUUUAGUUGAACAUCCAUCGCAAAAUUGGGGUAAACGCAGUGUGACAAAACAUCAUCAACAUCAUCUCGCUGUGCCUCAACAAUCGCAACAUAGGCACGAGCAUAAAAAAGAAACACAACAAUUGAGUCCAGUGAAAAAGCGUGUUAAGGAAAGUACUCCGCCAAGUAAUAUGAGACGACAUUCGCCAACAAAUGGUCAUUGGUCUCAACAGCCGCCAGUUUCUCAGUCACAUCAUUAUUCAACAAAACACAACAGCAAUCAUAACGCCAGUAAUGAACAUCAACAAGUCUCUUAUGCCAGACAGCAAACUAUUACCAUUCACGACACACCUUCGCCUGCUGUUUCUGUUAUCACAAUCAGCGACAGCGAAGACGAAUCUCCUGGUAAAUGCUGCGGAGAUCGCCAGUGCGGAGCCUGUCAAAGUUUGGCACCUCGCCUGUCUGGCGAUGGACGUCCUGUCCGCGAGGAAGUCAUUCGAAGCACACAAUCGACACCAAGAAUUGUACAGAAUACACAACCAACUCAUUCCACGAGUCACUUGCAUAUCAAUGGACACAGCAGUUCGCAUUCUUCGUCGUCACAACGGGCGCAACGAAAAAAUGUUAUCAGCUGUGUGACAGUGGGAGACAGCGAUGGAGAAGGAAGUCCAGGUCGAGCCAAUGCUCAUUUGUAUCAACAUUUGCCACAGCAUCAUCAUCCACAAUCGACACAACACAUUAAACAUGAGCCUCAACCACAACAUCACAUCAGUUCGGGCUACUCUUCACAAUCACAGAAAAAGCGUUUGUUGGCGAAAGUUCAGUCUGAAUACAAUAUGAUAAACGUUGCAACAAAACCAGAACCUGGUGUUGAGUACAUAACUCCUCAUCCCUGUCACGCACCUGCUUGCAAGGAACCACCAACUUAUCAGUAUGUGACGACGAGCACUGCUCAUCCUCAUCUACAGGAGCAGCAUAUUGUUUAUACCACCGGGGCUGAUAAGCGAGUGUCUUGGCCUACAAAACGAUCUGACUAUAAACACGAAUACGUACAGCCACCGGUUGCACAUUCGCGGGACCAUCAAAAAUGGGCUGUGGCCAAUUCAGUCCACCAAUACAGGCAGAGCCAGGUGGUGGGUUCAUCGGUGCAUCCGAGUCAUAGCCACAGUCAUCAUGGGCAUCCAGCCCAUCUGAGUCCUGGGGGUGGAGGUGGAGGCCGAAGUCCCACUGGAGGUCCCGUUGUUGGAAGUGCCCAACAUCUGGGACAACCACUUUACCAAGAGUACACGCAUGUGCGCUCGAGGGCCCAUCCCGUGCCUCCCCCAGUUUAUGUAACCGCUGCGCCUUCACAGGCUCCAUCCGCUAUCCAGCAACAACAAGUGCCCACCUAUCAGGGAUUUACACCCGGGUGGGUACCUAGACACCUAGUUGAUGCAUGCAUCUCGUCACCAUUAACGUUGUAUGAUUCUAGUCGUGCAUUGCCACCUCCAGCGCAUCACAGCUCAGCGAGACCAUUACUGGCAAGUCAUGCGGCACAUCCACUACCCGCACAUAUGCAACCGACUGCAGUCUACGGUUUGGCCCCUCUUUCUCCAGCAAAACAGCACUAUCAACCAUCCGGUUUGUGGUUUACCGAGUAGAUACCCGGAAAAAGAAAAAAAAAAAAGUAAGAGCGAUGUGAGAAAAAAAAAACAAAUUUAAUGUUCUCUAAAUAUUGAAACAUCAAUCAUAAAUGUGAAAGAAAAAAAAAAAAAAUUAUACUCACGUAAAGCAAAGGCAGACUUUAGGAUAAAAUACGAAAAUUUUGAAAGUAGUCAUUAUUAUCACCAGGGGGAUUAUUCAAUGCGCUGACUCUACGAUUUUUUACUUUUAAUCUAAUUUUUUUUUUCGAAAAAAAAAAGAAACACUUCUCGAUCCAAAAAAAAAAACAUUAAAAUAUUAAUCCGUCCUAUGCAACGACUAUCCCACUUGGACUGCCUGCUUAUUAUCUUUAUACACGAAUCAUAAAAAAAAAUCAAUUUUAUCCUAAAUUUAUCAUUAUUUACAAUCAUUAUUUACCUAAAAUUUUUCUUUGCUUCACGUGUUGUUUCAAAAAAGAAAAUGCCAGAAUUAUUUUAAAGGGUGGGGGAAAAAAAAAAUUAAACCGGAUUAAAAAGAUGAAAAAAAAAGAACAGAAAAAUGUUCUGUGUGCCGAAAUGAGAGGGGCAACAAAAAAAAAACCCCUGUUUUUUAAUUUUACAUAAACUUUUUGAUUUUCUUUUCAUUUACAAUGAAAAUCAAGUUUGACAAAUGAAAAAAACAAAAGAGAAUUUUACGAAGCGUCUUUAUAAAAUAUGCUGGUAAAAUAAUUAAUUAUCGGCAAUAUUGACGGUGCACCUUAAUGAACGAUCAAGUCGUUUAAGUAUAUAAUUAAUAAUCGACACAACGUAUAAGUUGCAUUUCUAAUAAUUGAACGUUCGGUGCGUAUUACAAAACGUUGAGUUUUUUUUUGUAUUACACAUCGUUAACGGAAUUCUUAGCUAUAUAUAUAUAUAUAUAUCUUUGAGCAAGAUUUAACAAUCCGUUUAUAAUUUUUUUUUCUUUUUUUUUUAGGUCAGUAACGAUUUAAGUUCUGCAAUCAGGUCUAUAGUGCUUUAGAUUUUAAGUCUUUAAAGUUUUAAGUCUUUUUAAAGAAACAAAAAAAAAAAAAGAAAAACAUUUUCUGUUUUUCAUAACGUGAAAAUGAACGUUGUACUUUUUAGUAAAUCGCCCUUUGUAGGCCGCAACAAAAUGCGCGCGCGUUUAUAGCAAAAAAAAAAAAUAAAAGAGUAUUACAAGUUUUAAACGAUACUGUUCGUUUUGCUUAAGCUAUUUUUUAGUAAAUCUGAAAUUAAAUCGAGAAUAAAGAAGAAAUGAACAUAUGCACGAAGUUCACCUUUUAUUCUAUUUGUAUAAAAAAAAAAGAGGAAAAAAGCAGAAGUCAUACUCGGUUGCAAAAAAUGUAAACUUUUUUUCUAAUGCUGUGAAUUUACAAAAAAAAAACAGCAACAUUAUUUAUUCAUUCUCGAUUUUCUUUUUCGAGAAAUCUAUCAGUCUCAUUUCAAAAAAGUUUCCUUGGAAAUAAACAAAAAAAUUUAUUCUAUCAUGAAGAAAAUAUCAUAAUGAAUUUUUUUUCGAUCUGAGAAAGUGAAAAUCAUCAUUUAUUUUCGCGGAGGAAAAAAUCUGUCAGUUUUACAGAUUUAGGUAAUAAAAAUGUUUUUUUUUCAAAAUAUUAUUCAUUUUGAGAAUAUUAUAAAUUUUGCUUUCGUAGAAAAUUUUUUUUCUAACAGAAAAAUUGUUAUAAAUUGGUUUUUGUAACUACUUAAUAAAUUUUGUAAAAAUUACAGAAAUUUGUUUUUGAAAAUAUUGAAAAACAAAUAUUUGUUACCAAAACAAUUGGUAAUAAAAAAAAAACUUUUUGCAACAUUUAUAGAAAAAUUCAAAAUCUAUAAUAGUUACAGAUUUUUUUCUCCACGUUCAUCAUCAUUUUAGGUUUAUUGCAACUGUCGUUAUAUGUAUAGUUAUUAUUAUUAUAAUUUUUUUUUUUUUGUAAAUAGAAAGAAAAAGAAACAAAAGCGAUUGCAUUGCCAGGACAUUUGAAUCGCAAUAGUUUUGUAUUCAAUGCACUCUUACACGUUUAAAACGGGAUCAUGAUAAAUAUGUAUCUAGCUUUUACUUACAAUUUACUCGACCAAUUUUUCCAUUGGUUGAUUUGUGUUUAUUUUAGGCUAUGUGCGCAAUUCGUUCACUUGGAACAAAUUUUUCGUUUUGCGCAAAAAUUUUCAAGUCUGAUCCUGAUUUAUAUAUAUAUAUUUUUGUUUUCUGCAAUUGUGUCAAUAAUUGCAUCCUAGGAACUGUUUAAUUAUAAACGGUCGUGAAAUUAGGAUCGCAAUAGAUUUAAUAUCUGGUAUGCAUCAAUUUUAAUUGUCAUUAAUAUUAAUAUUGUAAUUAUUAAUUUAUAAUAAUUAAUACUAUAAUUAUUAAUUUAUAAUUAUCAAUAUUAUAAUUAUUAAUUUAUAAUUAUCAAUAUUAUAAUUAUUAAUUUAUAAUUAUUAAUAUUAUAAUUAUUAUUAUUUUUAUUAUUAUUAUUAUUAUUAUUAUUAUUACUAGUUGCUUAUUAGCAUCAUGAAAGGAAGACUUUUCCUUAAAAAUAGUUUAGACUUUUUUUUUUUUUUGCUUUAAAUACCUUUCCAAGAGAGGUAGAAAAAUAUUCACUGAUUUAGAUAAUAUAUAUCGUUUCAAUAAUUCCUCCAUGUUGCAACGAAGGGACUAGUGUCUCUAUUUUGUAAAUAGACAAUUUUUUUGUGAUUAGGUUUUUAAAUAAUUCUUCUAUUUAAAUCUUGUUCUUCCUCACUGAUUCCGAACACAUUCUAUAAUUGAUUUGUAUAUAUAUAAAUAUAUAAAAUUAGAAGUACUUUUUAAUUCUCCAUUUACUUCUUAUUCUUCUUCUUCUACUUCUUCUUCUAUAUAAUUCUUUUUUUUCUACUUCUUCAAUUUGUCGAUGUUUUGCAAGCGCAUCGAUUCAAAGUUUUAACGGAAUGACGCUUAGAUAUUGUUUGCUAAAAUAUUUGAAAUAUAUGAAAAAAAAAUAUAUAGAUAUAUAGAUAUAUUAUUAUAUACAUAAAAGUGAAAUAGAUUAUAAAGGACGGCAUUGACGAUACAUUAAUUAUAUAGUGAUACGCGUCCAAAAUAUUAGAUGAAUGCGUUUUUUUUUUGUGUAUAAAAAUUAUUAUAAGACAUUACAGGAAAAAAAAAAAAAAUUUUAGAUACGUUAUGUAGGAAAUUACACACGUUCUAAGGAAUCCCAUCUCUUGAUAAUAAAAAUAAAAAGUAAUUAAGGAUAAUGCCUCAACGUUAGUUGUACGAUGAAAAAAUUCUCAAUCUUCCAUCUUAUUGCGUAAAUUUAUUCGCUUCCUUUUUCAUCUCUUCAUUUGCAGGAUUAUUCUUUUUUUCUGUUUACAAUUCGUUUUCUCAAAUAUUCCAUUCUCUUUUGGAUUUCAAAAAUAAUAACAGUUUUUGAUCAAAAAAAAAAAAAAAAAUUUUUUUUUGUAUAAUUUGAAUUUGUAAGAAAAUUAAUUCUCAAUAAAACAUAAUUGUUAUUACAGGAUAGUUAGUGUAUUUUUUUUUUUUUUUUUUGGACAAAAACUGUUGAUGGUAAAAAAAUUUGAAUUUUUUUUUUAUGAUCGGAAUGAGAAAUUUUGCUAGAAAUCUUUGCAAAUAUGAGAAGUAGAAAGGCGAAGUUUGUGCAUGAAAAUUGUCAAGAUUGGUGAAAUAUUUAUGUUGACAUCUGACGUGUAUUAAAAAAAAAACACAUUAUUACAAUUAUAAUAUCUAACCAAGUCGAUGUGCCUGUUUAACAAGUAAUCGUAUUAUUAUAAACAAAAAAUAACAUAAAUAAUUUAAUGUAACUUGCUGAAAAAUGCUAACCGGUCUUUUAUUGAUAUCGGUAAAAAAAAAACGUUUACAAUCAAUGUAAGUGUUACGUGUUAUCAAGAAAUCACGUUUUUUCGUGUUUGGUACGUACAUAAAAAACCCCCUUCUUCACACUCAUACACACGUACACAUGCUUCCACAUAUGUUCAUAAUAGGAAAAAAUUUAGCAUUCUUACCAUUAGUCAUAUUAAUAAUAGAUUUUUCUCUUAAAAUAUGUUGCUUUAAUUAUUGUUUUUUUUCUCUAGUUAUUAUUUCUAAAUAGGGUUUUUUUUUUUCUAACGAUAAGUUUUUUCGCGCAAAAAAGGUACCGGUAGAUUUAUUAAAUAUAUAUGUACGUGUAUAUAUAUAUAUUAAUUAAUCCUUUAGUUUUUAAAAGUCUCCUGUUGACUGACGUUUUUGUCUGAUUUUCCAAGUUUUUUUUUCUAAUUGUGAAUUUUUUGUCAAAUCUAUGUUUCAAUUUUUGUUGAUUCAUUUUGUUUUUAGAUUUGAUUUUCUCAGACAUUUUUGAUAAAAAUUUUUCUUUCGUUUCUGUUACUAAUUGUAAUUUUCAUUAUAUAUGAAAAAAAACAAUGUUUGCUUUUUAUAAAAUUAAUAUUAAAAAAUAUUCAAAAUUUUGUCAAAUUAACAAUUAUACUGAACAUGUCAGGGUUAAAAAAAAAAAAAAAAACGUCUGCCAAUACGAGUUUAUCAUCUCAGUCACACGUAAAUCAUUUGCGAUACAUAAUAACGAGUUACUAUAUAAAAAAAAAUACACACCUAAUUAAUUAAUUAAUAAUAAUAAUAAAUGAAGCUAAUAAUGCUCUGUGUAUAAUAAUUAAAGUACUGUAACCGUAUUGUUGGUUCUAGUUGUGAUAUUUUACUAAGAAAUAAUGUCGUUAAGUGAGGGAUAAUGUUUGUAAAUUUUUUGGUAAAUCGAGCAAGGAGGUGAACAUGAUGAUAAAUAUAAAAAAAAAUGAAAAAAAAAAAAAAUAACCAAUACCUUAAUCAUAAAGCCUUAGAAUGUACGUGAAACGGUGAGAGAUAAUUGAUAGAAUAGAUUCGAUAAUGACAGCGUUAAUAUCUGCUCAAAAAAUUCUUUAAUUAAGUAAUAAUCUCACGGGUUUGGGCACACACACACUUUUUCAAGUAGAUUUAUAAAUGAAAAUAAAUCACUAAUUAUAGAGGGAGUGAAAAGUAGAAUUGAAGGGAAUGAUUUCAUUUUAAUUUGUGUUUCAUUGUAUUUUCUUAUAUUUUUUUUUGUAAAUUGUGAAUAGUUUUCUUUUUUUUGGGGUAAUUAUAACAAAAUAUUUACUACGUUUGGGAUUAUUUUAACGAUCCGUUAAUAUGUACUAACAUUCCAUUGGAAUAUUGUUUUCUUAUUUUUUUGAAUUUCCAUUGAUUUUUUUCUUUUUUGUACAAUAUUUUUAUUUUCAAAAAUCUAUUGGUUCGAUAUGAAAAGAUUCUCAAUUGAGAGAGAAAGAUUGCUCUCGAUGAGAUUAAAUCUUGUAGGAUUUUUGGAUCAGAUUGGAGAUGUCAUAAAGUCGAAACUGUGUAUAGAUUUAGCCAUGAAAAAAAAAAAUUAUGGGUGUGUCUAGAAUUCAAAAAAUCUUAAGAAAAGAAAACUCCAUGCGCAAUGUUUGUCGAUUUGAAUCUUCGAGUUUGUUUGUUUACUUCAAAAUUAGUUUUAAUAAAAAAAAAAAAUUCGUAUUAAAAAAUUAUUAAGUUUUUUUCUGAAAUUGAUUCAGAAAAUUCAAUUUUUUUUUUUUUGAAUUCACAAGAAACGAUUUUUCAAACCUACUUAAAGAAAAUAGUUCUUGUUACAAUAAAUUUGGUUUUAUUGUAAUAAGAACUAGCUUCUUAAAAAUUAUUUAUUUACAAAAUAAACUAUAAAUUUUGACUAAAAGUAAAAUUUACAUAUAUUGUGAAUGGAGUUUUUUAACUUAAAAUUUGCUGAGAUUUUGACAAUUUGUAUCCAAAGAACUAAUAAUUUAAUAACUUUUUACAAGCAGAUAUUUCAUUUUUUUUUGUAAGUAAAUAAUAUUCUCUUUAUAAAUGUUUGAUUUAAAUUAAUUUCUUUCACAAAUAAUCGUUUUUUUCUUUAGAAUUUCUUUUUUCUCUAUAAUAAAAAAUUACUUUUUUUUCAUAAAAAUUUGAAUAAAUAGCAAAAUGAGAAAAAACAAUUUGUUCGCAAAAUCUCAGCAAAACAAUACAGACGAUUUUAUAGCUAUGCAUCAAAAAGAAGGAACUUAAAAAAAAAUCACUAGUGGGAUUUAUUAUAUUCAUAAUAAUAUUGUACGAAAAAUAGCUUGUAUAUUAAUAUUGCAUCAUUGUAAAAUGUAUUAUUGGAGAUAGAUGUAUCCGCAGUAUCAGAGAGGAAAAGGACAUACAGAGAAAUAAAACAUAUUUUUGGAUUUAUUAGGGUACAAUACGUGUUCCGUGCGUUUUCAUAGAACUAGAUUUAAACAUAAGUUUUCAUUAACUUGAAUUACUUGUGAGAAUCGGGCCAGACGUCUAUAUAUAUGUAGUGUGUGAUCCUCACCACAUUUUUUUUAAAUUUCAAUUUUUUCAUAUGCCGCUGGUUGGCAUUCUAAAAAAAAAAAAAAAAAUACUAGUCUCAUCGUUUAUCACAAAUUCAAUUUUAUUUCUAUCAUAUUAUAAAAUAAAAUUCAAAUUUUGAAUUUUAUUGCCCAAUUCUUAAUGCAAAGAAACUCGAUUUAUGAACAAAAUAUUCAGAAAAUUAAUUAAAUUAACUUUUUAUAAAAACUAUUUUUUUUGUAUCGCGAAUUGAAUUCAAUUAAAUGAUAGAUUAAUAAAAUCAAUUAUAUAAUUGAUAUAUUUACUAAUUUUACUAUUAGUAAAUUAAUGAAUUUUUAAUUUUAAUUAAUUUAGUUAACUGAAAUCGAGUUUCUAAAUUUCAAUUAUCAGGGGAAAAAAAAGAAGAAAUCAUGUCAUCUAGCUCUGAUUAUUUAAGACUGAUGAUCAGAAAGUAGUGGCAGAAAGUUUUGGUCUUUAAUUAGACUAUGUACCAAGAAUCUUUCUAUGUCUAUAUGAAUGUCUAAAAAAAAAAAAAAAUGAAAAAAAUUCGGUAAAUAUGCUUACCGUCCAUAUGUAACGUAAACGAAAUUACAAUUUGCGUGUGUGUCCUUCUUGUAAAAAAAAUAUGUAUUUUAUGACUCGUCUAUCGCACGAAAGAACAUAAUAAUUCUCAAUUAUUUGAUGAGAAUAUUAUUAAAAAAAAAAAUUAAAUAAGCAAAUAUUUUAAGACUUGAAUUUGUACGCGCGGCCUGGUUCAAUCAAGAAUUAAAAAUAUGCUUAGCAAUAAUAAUGUCCUGACUGUGUUUUAAAUCAGUGUUAUCAACGUUUAUUGUCAAAUAUUGUACACGCCGCGAGUUACACUGAAAGCGUUUUGAAAAAAAAAAAAAUUGAAUUAUAUUCGAUAACGUUUAUAAAUUCAGUGUGUUAUAUAUUGUUCAGAAUUAUUCAUUUUUCAUGACCCUUAGAAAUCCACAAUUGAAAAAAAUGGCGAAAAUCAAUUAAUUUUCAUAAAGAUAAAAAUAUUUUUCUUUGACUUGAAUGUAAAAUUUCUUUGUAAUUUAUAAUAAUGAAAAUUUAUUGAUUUAAAUCGUCGAGUCAAAAAUAGCAUAAUUUAUUUAUAAAUCAAGGGAAAUGAAGGCGCAGGGUUCGUUUUUUUUUCGAUUGUAAAAUUUUGAUUUUUUUUUUUUUUAAUUUUUCUAAUCGAGUAAAAAAAAACAAAUGCUUAAUAAAAUCGACUGGAAAUAUUUGGAGGGGGAAGGGACUUGAAUUUAUUUGUAUAGAAUAUUUAUAUAUGCAUAAUAUUUUUAAUGUGUGAUUAUAGUGGAAAAAAGAUCCCUUGCAAAUAGAAUUUUUUUUUUUUUCUAUAGAGGUCCUAGCAAACAGUACCCGUUUAGAAUUUACAAAGUUAGGCAAACUAAAAUCUUGAUAAACUGCAAAGUUCCAUUAACAAUAACGAUAAAAAGAAUGCAAAGCUUUCUGACUGGUGUUUUAUACAUAUACAUUUGUAGGACUAAAAAAAACUGCGCUAUACGAUUAUACAAGCAUAUGUAACAUAUUCGCGUAUACCGUUUAAUAAUUUAUAAGUACUUGUAUAAUAUAUUAUUAUUAUUAUUGUAAUUAUUCUCAUUAUUAUUAUAUUAUUAUUAUUAUUACUAUAUUAUUAUCAUUAUUAUUAUUAUUAUUAUUAUUAUUAUUAUUAUUAUUAUUGUAUUCAUUAUCAUUUUAAGUCGAUUAUAGUUAUUGUCGUUAUUAGUUAGUUUCUCUGUCACACUGAAUUUUAAUCAUUCAAAUUUAGUGAGUCACAUACUUUUUAUCUACAAUAAUUAUUAUCUACAAGACAAUGUGUACGUUAAAUCGUUCUAAGAUUUUCGAGUAAAAUUUGUCUUUGUACAUUUUUGUCGCUUAUUUAGGCAUACAAGAGUCGUUCUUUAAAAAAAACAAGAACUGAACAUUUUACACAAAAAAAAAAAAAAUAAUUUUUCAAAAAUGAAAAGAAUUUUGAAAUAUUAUUUUUUUUAAGAAUGAUGAAUUCCUUUUUUUUGUUGAGUAUUUCAAUUUUUAAAGUGUCAGUUGUUGUUUUUUUUUUUUUUUUAGAAUAAUUAUCGUUAUUAUAAACUUUGCUUAUAAUGCGAGACUUUAUCUUGAAUAUUAAAUGGGAACUGGCACUAUGUAGAAUAUUAUAAGAUGAUCUAUAGAGAAUUACAUCUUUAAAAUAGUUUUCUUUAUUUUUUUUGUGUCUCGUCAAUGAAAUUUUGAAAAUUUAUUUUUUUUUAACAAGUAAUUGUAAAAUUAUUAUUUUGAAUAUGAGGAAGAUUUUUUCGAAAUUAAAGACUUAAAUUAAAUUAUUUUUAAAAAAAUCACAAUUUUGAAGAAAAAUAAAUUUUUAAAACAAUUUUUGAGGCACUUGGAAAAAAAUUGAGAAUUCUGUUUUCAUUCGCAUAGAUCUUGAAUGUCGAUUGUCGUGAAAAAAUUUCUCGUCCCAUGUAUUCGUGACUACGCACGAGACUCGACCACGUCUUAAUAAGCGAAGAAAAAUGGCUAUAUUUGAAAAAAAAAUAUAAAUAAUAAUAAUAAUGCCAGAACGAAUGUAAUUUAACGUUACAAUUAGUUUUGGAAGUAUUACGUUCGCAGAGCGUGGUCCGUGCGUAAUAAUAAACAAAAAAAAAAAAAAAAGAAAAAAAAAGAAAACAUUUUGCGCUUUUCUCAACGUGAAUGAAAUAGACACACCUCUCAAAAAAAAAAAAUAAAAACAA